CCCCAACGCCUAAAAAGGUACGUUUUGUGAAAAAUGUGGCCCAUUGUUUUAUGACUCUCGGAUCCAGUCUAUAUUGCAUGAGAAGGAAAAAGAAGACAGCUUGAGAAGAAAAAAGAAGACAACUUUGUUGACGGAUGACGAGGAUGCCUGCCGUCGAUGCUGCCGUUGUGAAGCGCUAUCCGGUGACUACACCUUCUGAUAUUCGCUCCUCGCUGCACCGGAAUAAUUAUGCAGUUCGAGAAUGGUGCUCUAAACUAUCCAGGAACUAUAAACCUAGAGGAAUAAAGUGCGAAGCUAACUUGCCAACCAAUCCUAUAUCGUCAAUCAACAGACGUUCAAGCGGACCUCGCCAGGAGCUCCAUUCCUGGGCUCCUAAAGAAAAACUACAUUCGCAAGUAUUCGCUGCAUCGAGCUCAUUUUUCAGUGGGAAUCAAGAUAUCCAGUCAGGCACAAUUCGAUUUUUGGCUGCGCGAGAAAGGUCUAAGAUGACUCCUAGAGCAUUUAAGGAUGUUCCAUUCAGGAUCCAGUACCCUGUAAUAACUGAGAAACCAGAAUGGUGGUGGAGGACUUUGGCAUGUGUCCCUUAUUUGAUCGCGUUGCAGAUUUCUGAUGUAGGGUAUUAUCUCCAACCCUUCUUAGAGCGCUAUGAAUUAUUCGAAGAUUUAAUUUAUUUCGUCCCAGGAGCAAUUGGUAGGUUACCAACCUGGUUCUCCAUGGUUUAUUGCUACUUUGGAUAUAUUGGACUCGUGAAAAACAAAGAUUGGCCUCACUUCUUCAGGUUCCAUCUAAUGAUGGGCAUGUUAUUGGAAACGGCACUACAGAUCUUAUGGUAUACGUGCAACUUCUUUCCGCUUAUACACUACUCCGGCAAGCUUGGGAUGCACUUUUGGGCAGGUGUGGGAUUCUUUUACAUGUUUGUGUUGUUGCAGUGCGUAAAGUGUGCUCUUGGUGGCAUGUAUGCUCACAUCCCUUUCGUGAGUGAUGCAGCAUAUAUCCAUACUCUGUUCCAUAUAGGAGGUUUCCAACGACCUUUCUAGGAGUAGUUAUAUAUUCUUUUAAGUUUCAAGCUGUUGCGCUCCAUUGAAACCACUAUAGCAGCCAUUGAUAAGACAAAGCUAAUAAAGAAAUUGUGCAUGUAGAUGUUGAUUGUAUUGUGAUCCUCCUGGAUACAGAGAAAUUUUGGCCAAUUUUAAAGGAUGCUAACUUAUGGAUGGAUGAUUCUUGUUUGAUUUUUAUUUCUGGUAGGUAUGUAUUAUGUGAAUGGAUGGA